GAACCUGACCAGUCGCUGUACACAACUAAAGAUUGAAUGAAUAUUCGGAUACCAUGGGGCUCGGUUGGGCAGUCACUCUUGCGUCUUCGUUUUGUGUUUUAUAUACCUGCGUAAACUUAGUGGAGCACGCAGGGGCGAACAGGCAUGUCAGAUCCACAAAGCUGGAAACCACAGAUUUCCACGUGAAGAGGACUGUGGUGUCCAGGUACGCACGCACCACCGUCAUCAGCACUGUCUUCAAUCAGCUGCCUCAGGCCACAGAAGCCACCUUUGAAGUGGACCUGCCUCCCACUGCCUUCAUAUCCAACUUUACAAUCACCUCUGAUGGAAAGGAUUAUGUGUCUCAAGUCAAGCAAAAACAGGUUGCCAAAAAAAUCUACGAUGAUGCCAAGAAGAAAGGGCAAACGGCAGGACUGGUGGCAACAAGGAAAGAGUUUUCGGACAAAUUCAGCAUUGCGGUCAGCGUGCCCCCUGGUAAGCAUCUCUCAUUCAAGCUGUCCUUCGAGCAGCUGCUUGCUCGGACAUUGGGCCGCUACGAGCUGGUCCUGGGCCUGAGACCUGGCCGGCCGGUCCAGAAUCUCACAGUGGACGUGUCCAUCAUUGAGCGCACUGGGAUCAGUUUUGUACGUGUGCUGCCUCUCCGAACUGGGUCCAAUGCCCUGGGAGAAACUACCCCCCCUCCCUCUACACUGUUGGAACGGACAGGUCCUACGAGAGCCCAAGUGUUCUACAGCCCCACCAUACAGCAACAGAAUAGCUUAAGGGGUCUCAAUGCAGACUUUGUCAUCGAGUACGACGUCAUCCUCACCAACCUAAUUGGGGAUGUGCAGGUGUACGAUGGAUACUUUGUGCACUACUUCGCUCCUCGAGAACUGCCAGUCGUGCCGAAGGAAGUGAUCUUUGUCAUCGACGUGAGCGGAUCAAUGUCUGGGCCAAAACUCGCUCAGACUAAGGAGGCCAUGGACACCAUACUGACUGACUUACGGAGCCACGAUCACUUCAACAUUCUCACCUUCCACUCCAAAGUGGACGUCUGGCAAAACCAUACGGUUCCAGCCACAGAAGACAACAUCAAGCGUGCCAGAGCAUUUGUGAGGGAAAUGAAGGUCAAGGGUUCCACAAACAUCAACGAUGCCCUGGUGAAAGCAGGGAGGCUCCUGCAGCGCUCCUCUCAGUCAGACACUCGGCUGGUCCCUAUGGUGAUCUUCUUGACCGACGGAUCAGCCAAUGAGGGUGUGACCAAUAAAGACCAGAUGCGAAAGAACGCGAAAAAGGCGCUUGGGUCCACCGCCCUGUUUGGGCUGGCUUUUGGCGACAGGGCCGACUACGACCUUCUUCGACAGCUCUCUAUGGAAAACAGGGGUGUGGCUCGGAGAGUGUAUACGGAUUCCAAAGCAAUCCUCCAGCUUAAAGGCUUCUACGACGAGGUAGCCAGCCCACUCCUCUCCGAUGUCCAACUGAGCUACAGUGAUGACCAGGCCUAUGAUGUGACCCGCUCCCUAUUCCCCAACUACUUCCAAGGCUCUGAGCUGGUGGUGGCAGGCAGGGUGCAUCCAGGAGUGAAUGACCUUGGCGUGACUUUGAACGCCUUUGACACCAAGAAGCACCUGACCGUGGAAAACAGCAUUCCCAUCUCCGAUGUGGGCAAACCAGGCGACCUUGAUCCUGGCGAAAGCUCUCAGCUCGACCAGGAGGAAAUCUCCGGGUUUGUGCAGCGCCUGUGGGCGUACUUCACCAUUAAAGAGCUGCUCCUGACCGCCGAAAACACCAGCAACGCAUCCACCCGUGCCCUGCUGGAGCAGAACGCCACCAGCCUCUCUCUGAAGUAUAACUUUGUCACACCAGUCACCUCGCUGGUGGUGGUCAAGCCGGACGUGGAGGAAGACACAGAGGCGCUGCCACCAGCAGACUCUCCUCCCCCAGAAAGCAAAUCCAGUCAAUCCAAGUCAAGCAGUCAUAGUUCCCGCAGAGCUCAUUCCUCAAGAUCCUUUUCCUCCUCAGCGUAUGGCGACCCACAUUUCCUGGUGCACCUGCCACAACUGGAGGCGAAUCUCUGUUUCACCAUCGACGGCCAUGCUAACGAUGUCCUACGCCUUGUGGAAGACACUGAAAAAGGCAUUACCGUCGACGGCCAUCUGAUGUGGGCUCCAUCUGACGUGGACCACGAAGACCUGGAGCGCACCUACUUGGACCAGAUCGUGGUGUCCAGGAGUGGACCCAAGGCAGUGGUAGUCACGGUGACCCUGAACUCGGUGAACAUCUCCAGCCAUGGGCGUCCAGACAGAACCCUUCGCACCGAUGUCAUGGGUUCCAUCCGUGUCCAGGACUUCCGGGUGGAACUGGACGAGCAUCUCCGCUGCUGGGUGGAUCUGGGUCAGGGUGUGAGCUUCCUGCUUCUAUUUCAUCAUUACAAACACCCAAACUACAUGCAGCUGGACCACCUGGGCUUCUACAUCGCCAUGGGAGAUGGGCUCUCUGUGCGGACUGAAGGACUUCUUGGCCAGUUCCUGCACGCUGAUAUUAUGAUCGAGGAAACAGAGAAGACAGGACACCUACGCAGGGCCAAGGCCAGAGGUCACAGUGCUCCACUAGCCUUUGGGACGCUGCAGAGAGGUGAAGCGCAGGUCCCUGUUACCUUGAAGAGGAAGAUGAUAAAGGACACGGUGAGGAAACCCCAUGCGGGACUCUGCUGGGAAGUGAGCCAAGCCAAUGUGGACAAGAUCUUGGCCAAGCCCUAUCAGGCUUAUGUACAGUGAUGGCCACUCUCAUCACUCCACAUGCCAAGUGUGCCUGUGUGUGUGUGGUCGUACGCAUGAUGGCUCUCUUUUAUACUGUUCAUCAUACACCUAUCUACACCUCAGUGGACUUACGAAUUGAAGUUACAAAUCAUCAAUCGGUUGUUUAUUCAGUGGAAUGGACGGAGCAUUAAGCUCUUCCAUAGUAAAGCCCUGGACAAAAAUAAAUGCGGAGAAGGGGCCAAAGUUGGGUGGAGCGGUGGCAACGUCACCAACUGGGUCAACCCGGGUCCGAUUCCCACCAUUGUGAGUCUGUGACGCUUUGGACAAAAGUGUCUGCUAAAUAUAAUUUAACUUCAGAUUUACUGUGCAUUACAGGUUUAGAAAGCUAAACCCACUUGUGCACUUAGACUAAAUGGCUUAAUGAAAAUGCAGUAUGAAGUAUGGCAUUGUUAUCUGAAAUCCCAUAAAUAAUCUUUUUAUAAUUGCCAUAUAAAAGUGUCACUUGAGUUCAUUACACUAGAUAAUGAGACCAGAACUCAGAAGUGGUCCUUAUGCUUAUUUGGUGCCUAUUAUGGACCACAUUUGUGCAUUUUCUUAGGUUGCUUCAUGGGUACCAUCACAGAUACAAAGGGUCUGAGUUUAUGUGUCAAAGGUCAAAAAUAUAAAUUGUGAUAAACUAAUGUUUUUUUUAAAGUGAGGUAUAUAUUUUAUUAUAACUGGUUGUGUUAACGACUUGGAAAUGCAUUUCACAUUUCCACAUUAAGAAACUGUAACUAAAGAAUCACAUACUACUAAAAAGAAUAUGUUAAAACUCAAACAAAAUAAAUACACAACUAUAAGAGUC